AUGGCACCGGUGCCGCGCAUCCAGCGCCUCAGCCCGGACGUGGUGAACCGCAUUGCAGCAGGAGAAGUGGUGCACCGACCUGCUAAUGCAGUGAAGGAAUUGCUGGAGAAUUCACUGGACGCAGGGGCUACGCAUGUGGCGGUUACAGUGAGCCAAGGAGGUCUGAAGCUUCUGCAGAUCCAAGACAACGGACGAGGAAUCCAGCGCCAAGACCUGGAGAUCGUCUGUGAACGCUUUACCACCAGCAAACUCAAGAGCUUCGAGGAUCUGAAGGAUAUCAAGAGUUUCGGCUUCCGAGGUGAAGCUCUCGCCAGUAUCUCGCACGUAGCUCAUGUAACCAUCACGUCCCGGACGGCAGAUCAGCCUUGUGCUUACAAAGCUUCGUAUCGUGACGGAAAGUUGGUGGCAAAGAGACCCGGCGAGUCCAAGGAUCCCAAACCAUGUGCUGGAAAGAACGGCACGCAGAUUGUGGUGGAGGAUCUGUUUUACAACUUGAGUACGAGGAAGCAGGCGCUGAAAAAUGCUUCAGAGCAGUAUGGUCGGAUCUUAGAUGUGGUUCAGAAGUAUGCUGUGCACUUUGGUGCGAAAGGAGUGGGGUUUGUAUGCAAAAAGCAUCGUGAGUCGUCUUGUGGUGUCAAUACGACUCAGAGCUCCUCGCAGCUUGAUGCGAUUCGCACCAUCUAUGGCAGCAAGCUUGCAAGCGAGCUGACUCCAUUCGAGCACAUUAGAGACGCCACGGCUGCAGGAUCGAUGGACCUGCAGCGACAAGUUCGCGGAUACAUCAGCAACGCCAACUACCACCUGAAGAAAAGCAAUUUCAUUCUCUUUAUCAACGACCGCCUUGUUGAGUGUCCAUCACUCAAGCGGGCCUGCGAGUACGUGUACUCGCUGUAUUUGCCUAAGAACACACACCCGUUUAUCUAUCUGAGCAUGGACCUCCCACCUCGCAACAUUGAUGUUAACGUCCACCCGACAAAACGAGAGGUACACUUCCUACAUGAGGAAGAUAUCGUCGACUCGAUCAGCCAAGCAAUCGAGAAGCGGCUGAAAGGUAGCAAUGAAAGUCGAAGCUUCUCAGUCCAGCCGAUCACCGCAAUGUUGGGAGCAUCCAAUGGUGACGCAUCGGCAAAGCAGCGCAGACGUGAAAGUGUCAUGGAAGAGGAAAAGGAGCAAGAAGAAGCAGAAUCAAGUGAUGAGGACAUGAACAAGCGAGAGAGUGAGAGUGAAGAUGAAGCCGACCGAUCCGCCGACUCGAUCGAGAUUGAUCUAAGCCAAAAACCGACUCCCCCGUCUAAAAAGUACCAGCCGGCACUGGCACCACAGCGUUUAGUACGAACAGACCAUCGCUCGAACACGAUAGACAAGUUCUUUUUCCUCGAGUCUCAAAGAACACAGUUAUCUCAACUGUCACAACCAAGUUCUCAAGAUACUGCAGAAGAGGAUACUAUUCCAGAUAGAUCAUCAAAGCAACUUGACUCAGUGGAAAGCGAUUUCAGUGCGGCGACGUCAAACGUUCCUCGUAAGAGAAAACUGUCGAUGCUUCAAUCCAGUCAAGAGCCUGAACCAGAAGACGAAGAUGACCGCCGCGGAAGCCUGGAAGCUACUCAGAGUCCGCAGAUGCUAUCGAGUGUGCAGAACUUGCUGAGCUUGAUGCGACAGAAGAAGAACAAGGCGCUGGCACGGCUUUUCCGCGAGCACAGCUUCGUGGGUGUCGUUGACAAGCAGUUUUCAUUGGUGCAGUACCGCACGAAACUGUACGUUGCUCGACACGACGAAAUCGCCUUUCACGUGUUCUACCAGCAGGUCCUGCUGCAGUUCGGUGAGACGCGGCCAAUUACGCUCCAGACCCCGUUUCCGAUUUACGAUCUGGUGCUAGAGGCGCUCAAGAAUCCCCGAAAUGGCUACGACGAAGAGGACGGCCCCAGAGAGCAACUCGCAGAUGAGAUCAAGACUCUACUAAUCGCCAACGGCCCCAUGUUGUUUGAGUAUUUUUCGCUCGAUAUCAACUCGCAGGGCAUGUUACGAACCGUGCCACAGCUGCUACCAGACCACGAACCAUCGAUCCAUUCACUACCAGAGUUCGUCUUCCAGCUCGCCACCGAAGUUAAUUGGGAGGAAGAGGAGCCGUGCUUCGAGAGUGUUGCCCAUGUUCUUGCUCGCUGGUACGGUGAGAUGCGGUACCCAGGCAACCCCGAGCGCGAAGCCUUGGUGUUGGAGCAUGUCCUGUUCCCUGCAAGCAAAGCUGCAACGUUCUGUCCGCCCAAUGAACUCAACGAUACUCAACUCAUCACACCCGUAGCCUGCCUCACCAACCUCUACAAGAUCUUCGAGCGCUGUUGA